AUGGAGAACGAAGAAGGAAUAGGAGAAGGUUUGAUUCCUGUAUCUGUAGAUUUGGGGAUGCAUGAUGGAGAUAGCUGGGUUCCUGUUCCAGAAGAAGGCGCAAAUCAAGAGUGGAGCAUUCCUGUCACUGCAGCUUCGCCAAUAGAAGAGGAGUCAAAUGCAAACUCGACUCUUGUUUCCCAGGAGAUAGAAAACGAAGAAGGUGAAGAAUAUUGGGAGUAUGAAAUCGGGCAAAAGCCGAAAAAGCCCAACGAAGAAGACAUGGAAAAAGAUGAAAAUGAAAGAAUUGGUAAUGGUGAAGAAGAAGAAGAGCUGGAGGAUCGGUAUGAGCUUGAGAUUGAACAGUCGGUGGCAGAUUUUGUGGAUGAGGAGUUCAUUGGGAGGAACACGAUUCCAGAAAGCGAAGAUGAGGACGAAGAUGAGUUUUAUCCGAGAGACAGAAAACGCAAAAAGACAGAAGAUAAACUUGAUGUGGGAACAUCUUUCUUCUCUGGUUUUGAGUUCAAAGAGGCGGUGUUACAUUAUGCUCUGAGCAAAGGCCGAAAUAUAGAGCAAAGUAAGUGGGAUAAAACGAAGCUGAGCUUUAAGUGUGCGAUGAGAGGAAAGUGUAAAUGGAGGGUUUAUUGUGCUUAUGAUGAACCCACUCGGAAGUGGUUGGUGAAGACUAGGUACAGGUAUCAUAGCUGUACACCAAAUGGAAAGUGCAAAAUGCUUAGAAGUCCAGUUAUAGCAAGGCUGUUCCUUGAUAAACUAAGGGAGGAUGGUAAUUUAAUGCAUGAGAAGAUUCAAGAGAUGAUUAAGGAGAAGUGGAAGCUAAUACCUUCAAGGAAUCAGUGCCAACGAGGAAGAACUUUGGCGUUGAAAUGGCUUCACAAGGAGUAUGCAGAUCAAUUUUCACAUCUUCGAGGUUAUGUGAGCGAGAUUCAAAGGACCAAUCCAGGUACGAGUGUAGUCCUUGAAACCAUCCCUAAUGCUGCUGGAGAAGAUAUGUUUGAUCGGUUCUACGUUUGCUUCGAGAAGCUUAAAACGUUGUGGAGUGGAACUUGUAGACCUAUUAUAGGUCUUUAUGGAACAUUUCUAAAGCAAGAAGUGAAAGGCAUAUUACUUACUGCUAUAGGACAUGACGGAAAUAACCAGAUUUAUCCAUUUGCUUGGGCUCUGGUACAAGGUGAGACAUCUGAUACAUGGCUCUGGUUUAUCAAGCAACUCAAACGGAAUCUCAAUCUUGGAGAUGGAGAGAAGUUUGUACUUCUAUCUGACAGCUCAAAGGGUCUCAUAAGCGCUAUUGAAUAUGAGUUACCAAAGGCUGAGCAUAGAAGGUGUGUUAAACACAUUGUUGAAAACCUGAAGAAGAAGCACAAGAAGAAAGAUCUUUUGAAACUCGUGGUAUGGAAUCUAGCUUGGAGCUACAAUACUACUCAGUACGGCGAGAACCUCACGAAGAUGCAGGAGUAUAGUAUGUCACUAUACGAUGAUGUUAUGAAGCUGGAACCGAAGAAGUGGUCCCUGCCUUUCUAUAAGCUUGGCAGCUACUGUGAGGAUGUUGAUAACAACGCCACUGAAUCAUUCAAUGCCACCAUUGUCGGAGCUAGAGCUAAGGCGGUUGUACCUAUGUUGGAGACCAUCCGAAGACAAGCCAUGGUUAGAAUUGCAAAGAGAAACAAGAAGUCGCUUAGGCGCCAGCAGAGGUUUACAAAAUAUGUGGUUGAAAUGCUAAAGUCUGAGAAAAAAGAUGCUGACAAGUGUAUAACGACUCCGGGAACUCAUGGUGUGUUUGAUGUACGGCUUUCAGGACAGACAUAUGACGUCAAUACUAAUAGGAUGACUUGUACAUGCGGGAAGUGGCAGAUAACUGGUAUUCCAUGUGAGCAUGCGUAUGGAGCAAUGAUAGAUGUAGGCUUAGAUGUUGAUGAAUAUGUUUCUGAGUUCUUCUCAACACAUCUAUGGCAACAAACUUACAGUGAGUCGAUCAACACGGUUAGAGGUCCACGUUUCUGGAUGAAAAAGGAUAAGUACAAGUUGGUUGUUGAAGCACCUGAGCCUGCGCUUCCUGGUAGGAAGAGGAAAAACAAGAAAAAGAAGUUUCCGAGAUUCAAAGGCAAAAAUGAAUCGCCAAAGAAGAAGAAGAAGACAAUAGAGACUCUUGGAAGGAAAGGUCGCACCAUGCAUUGUUCUAAAUGUGGAGAAGCUGAUCAUAAUGCAGCAACAUGCAAGUUACACCCGAAGAAAAAGAUCAAGAAAGAGCCUAAAGAGAAGGAACAAGGAAGCACUUCGGGUCUCAAUGGCACGACACACCAAUCUCAAACAAUUCAAGACUAA